ACCAAAUUCAGCUGCUUGGAGCUCGUUUCAGUCUUCGCAAGUUCCGUCGUUCGCAGAUCCCCGAAACGAAACCCCAUAGGCCACAGGGCUUAAUGUUUACAGUCUCUUUUAAACCUUAGGCCUAGGGCAUUGAUUUCCAAUCCGCCAUUUCGCAAUUUCGUCUUUUUAAAUUUCAGUAUCUCAAGUUUGAGCAAUUUCAAUUCCAUCGAUCUUAAUGAAAGGUAGGGGUUUUCUUCUCCUUUUUCUCCUUUUAUCUUCGGAUUUUCGUUUUUCGCAUUCGGAGGAAACCAAAAACAAGUUUCGAGAACGGGAGGCUAGUGAUGAUUCCCUCGGCUAUCCCAAUUUAGACGAGGAUGAAUUGUUGAAUACACAAUGUCCUCAGCAUUUGGAGCUAAGAUGGCAGACGGAAGUUAGUUCUAGCAUAUAUGCCUCGCCGUUGGUUGCUGAUAUAAACAGUGAUGGGAAGCUUGAAGUGGUAGUUCCUUCUUUUGUUCAUUACUUGGAAGUUCUUGAAGGUUCUGAUGGAGAUAAAGUCCCAGGAUGGCCGGCUUUCCAUCAAUCAACUGUACAUUCUAGCCCUUUCCAAUAUGACAUUGACAAGGAUGGUGUACGAGAGAUAGGCUUGGCCACAUACAAUGGUGAGGUUCUCUUUUUCAGGGUCUCUGGCUACAUGAUGUCUGAUAAAUUAGUGAUUCCUCGGCUGAGAGUUAAACAGAAUUGGUUUGUGGGUUUAAAUCCGGACCCUGUAGAUCGCUCUCAUCCAGAUGUUCAUGAUGACCAGCUCAUCCAGGAAGCCUUCAUUGAGUCACUAGCCCGACAAAACAGAAGUGUGACUCAGGGUGCAAACAGUUCUCACACCACUACAGAAGUUCAUCCUGAGGUGAAUUUUACACCCCCAAACAGUUCUCACACCACUACAGAAGUUCAUCCUGAGUUGAAUUUUACACCCCAAGAAGCUCACCAUGAAAAUGUGUCUACACAUAAUGAAGCUCAUCUUGGCAAUAAUGAUUCAAUUUCUUUGACCCCUGGAGUUUCCAAUGACACAAUGAAGGCAGAGGAAGUGGAAAACCAAAGCGAGAGAAGAGAUAAUCAAAUAGAUACUGAAACUAAUUUGUCAAGGAACAUUACCAGUGUUGUCCCAGGUUCUUCAAAUGAGACAAUUACCAAUGUUGAGAAGGCUGACACUAGGAGAAGGCUUCUUGAAGAAAAGGCAGGUGACCAGGGUGUUCAUGCUGCAACUGUGGAAAAUGAAGGUGGUCUGGACACAGAUGCUGAUUCAUCAUUUGAAUUAUUCCGGGAUAAUGAUGAACUGGCUGAUGAGUAUAAUUAUGAUUAUGAUGAUUAUGUUGAUGAGAACAUGUGGGGAGAUGAGGAGUGGACAGAAGAAGAACAUGAAAAAAUGGAAAAUUAUGUGAAUGUUGAUGCACAUGUUUUGUGUACUCCUGUUAUAGCAGACAUUGACAAGGAUGGCGUGUCAGAACUGGUUGUUGCAGUGUCAUACUUCUUUGACCACGAAUAUUAUGACAAUCCUGAACAUUUGAAGGAACUUGGAGGUAUUGAAAUUGGAAAGUAUGUUGCUGGUGGCAUUGUUGUUUUCAAUCUGGAUACUAAGCAGGUUAAAUGGAGUACACAGCUGGAUCUGAGUACUGAUACUGGAAACUUCCGUGCCUACAUAUACUCUUCCCCUACAGUAGUUGAUUUGGAUGGUGAUGGAAAUCUGGAUAUCCUGGUUGGAACUUCCUAUGGCUUGUUUUAUGUCUUGGAUCACAAGGGCAAAGUGAGGGAGAAAUUUCCUCUUGAAAUGGCUGAAAUCCAAGGGUCAGUAGUUGCUGCUGAUAUCAAUGAUGAUGGCAAGAUUGAGCUAGUGACAACUGAUACACAUGGAAAUGUAGCUGCAUGGACUGCACAAGGCAAAGAAAUAUGGGAAAAGCAUCUCAAGAGCCUCAUUCCCCAGGGUCCCACAAUAGGUGAUGUGGAUGGAGAUGGAAACACAGAUGUUGUUGUUCCAACACUUUCAGGCAAUAUAUAUGUCUUGAGUGGCAAGGAUGGGUCAAUUGUGCGGCCUUAUCCCUAUAGAACUCAUGGUAGGGUGAUGAAUCAAGUUCUUCUAGUCGACUUGAGCAAGAGAGGAGAGAAGAAGAAGGGACUUACACUUGUUACUACAUCAUUUGAUGGAUAUUUGUAUCUAAUCGAUGGGCAAACAUCAUGUGCUGAUGUUGUGGAUAUUGGAGAAACUUCAUACAGCAUGGUCCUGGCAGAUAAUGUCGACGGAGGAGAUGACCUUGAUCUCAUUGUGACAACAAUGAAUGGAAAUGUCUUCUGCUUCUCAACUCCUUCUCCACAUCAUCCCCUCAAAGCUUGGAGAUCACCUAACCAGGGUAGAAACAAUGCUGCAUACCGUUAUAAUCGUGAAGGUAUAUAUGUUACUCCAUCAUCCAGAGCCUUCCGUGAUGAAGAAGGCAAGAACUUCUGGGUUGAAAUAGAGAUUGUAGAUAAACACAGAUUUCCAUCUGGGUCUCAAGCUCCAUAUAAUGUCACGGUAAAUUUGCUGGUUCCUGGAAAUUAUCAAGGGGAGAGGACAAUAAAGCACAACCAGAUAAUUGAGAAUCCUGGGAAACACCGGAUUAAGCUUCCAACAGUGGGGGUUAGGACUGGUGGGACAGUAGUGGUGGAGAUGGUUGACAAGAAUGGGCUCUAUUUCUCAGACGACUUCUCCAUCACAUUCCAUAUGUAUUACUACAAACUCUUGAAAUGGCUUCUUGUACUUCCGAUGCUUGGGAUGUUCGCAGUGCUAGUCAUUCUUCGUCCACAGGAAGCAAUGCCAUUGCCAUCAUUUUCACGAAACACUGAUUUGUGAUGUGUUCAUAAGAAAGUUGACAAAGUUGCAAUAGUAGAUAACAGAAAGUGAAGCAGUGAGUCCCUGACAGAGCCUCGAGCCGAGAUCCUUGUAGCAACACCAGUUGCUUAGAGAAAAUGUCAUGGAUGUUUUGGGAGGGAUACUAAACCGUGACAAUCCCUACUACAGAGGGACAUGUUAGCUUGAACAAACCCUGUAACUGAGGAGUUUUGAUUACAGUAAGGCCAAACAUGUAACAUUAUGAGAUGUCAAAAGUCUCCAAUGUGAAUGUCACCGUUUGAUAAAAUUAUUUUUAAGGCCACUGAGAUAUAUACAGAGACACCUGAAUUUUGGUUCCCACAAUUUAUUUUGGUAAUCCACAUUCUGCUUCUUGUUAGAAGGCUUUUUAUUGUC